AUGGAAUUUUAUGAUGUAGAUCCUGGGGAUUUUCGAGAUGACAUUCCAAAAAUAAAUUUAGACUCCCGAAGGUUUCUGUUUCAAGGCGACAUUGUACAGAGUCUGGAACGGAAUGCUCUUAAAGAUCCAACAUCGAGAUGGAAAUUCCCUAUUCCGUACAUUCUGGCUGACAACCUUGAUCUAAAUGCCAAGGGUGAAAUCUUGAACUCAUUUGAGCAGUAUCGCUUGAAAUCCUGUGUUGAUUUCAAACCCUAUGAUGGCGAGAAAACAUACAUAAUUUUUCAAAAAUUAGAUGGGUGCUGGUCUUCUGUUGGUGACUUGCACAGUGGCCAAACUGUAUCCAUUGGUGAACGAUGUGACUAUAAAGCUAUUGUUGAGCACGAACUCCUACAUGCAUUAGGAUUCUACCAUGAACAAUCAAGGACAGACCGGGAUGACUAUGUUAACAUUUGGUGGGAUGAAAUUAUUCCAGGUAUGGAGCAUAACUUUGUGGUAUAUGAUGAUAAUUAUAUUACGGACCUGAAUACUCCAUAUGAUUAUGAAUCUUUGAUGCAUUAUGCACCAUUCUCUUUCAACAAAAAUGAUAGUUUUCCUACUAUCACUGCAAAAAUACCAGCAUUUAAUGAAAUAAUUGGACAGCGAUUGGACUUCAGUGCCAUUGAUUUGCUAAGGCUCAAUCGCAUGUAUAACUGCAGUUCCACUCUCACGUUGUUGGACCAAUGCUCCUUUGAGUUCAUUAAUAUCUGUGGCAUGAUUCAGGGUGAAAAUGAAGAUGUUGACUGGGUUCAUAUGAAGAGCAAUCCUGGGAAUGAGGAUCAUACUGUAAAUGGCAAAUGCAGAGAUUCUGGAUACUUCAUGUACUUUGACGUGCAAAGUGGAAAGAUUGGUCAAACCGCUCUUCUGGAAUCCCGAAUCCUUUAUCCCAAAAGGACUGAGCAGUGCCUUCAGUUCUUCUAUAAAAUGACAGGAAGUCUGAAGGAUAAACUUGUCAUAUGGAUGAAAAUGGAUGAUGGAACUGGAACUGUUCGAAAACUAGUUAAAAUUAAGACCUUUCAAGCUGAUGGCAGCCAUGCCUGGAACAUUGCCCAUGUGACUCUUCAUGCAAAGGUCAAGUUCCGAUAUCUCUUUCAAGGUAUAAUUGGUGAUACCACAAAUUCUCCAGGUGGUAUUUUCCUGGAUGACAUCACUCUUACUGAGACCCGUUGCCCUCAAGCUGUCUGGCACAUAAAGAACUUCUCUGCCAUUCUUCAAAGCACGGGAGUUAAUGAUACUUUAAAAAGCCCACGGUUCUACAACACAGAGGGUUAUGGCUAUGGCCUCAUUUUACAUCCUCACUCACGUCAUGAAAACUACAUGGGGUUGUUUUUCCAACUAUGCAGUGGUGAAAAUGAUGGCAUCCUCGAGUGGCCAGCGGGGAACAGGCAAGCCAUGGUCACAGUCAUGGACCAAGAUCCUGAUGUAAAACUUAGAAUGUCAUCCAGUAGAAGCUUCACCACAAACGGAAGCAAAGUAAUAGCAGACAGAAAUGACACCUUCUUCUGGGACAGGCCUACGCUCACUGGAACCUAUGAUUCUAUUUGUGAUUGCUACCGGAGCAUUGCCUGGGGUUGGUCAGCUUUCAUGUCACACAAGCAGCUUCAGCGUAGAAACUUCUUAAAAAAUGACGACCUCAUUAUUUUUGUUGAGUUUAACGAUCUGACUCCACUCAUUAACUCCGAAGUUCCAAUUCAUCCUCCAAGUUCCCCUGAAAGGCAUCGGCGAGCAGUGGAUUAUGCUGAAUAUGUCCAAGAGCCUCAGAGCCCCCUGCGAGAUUUGUGUCACCCUGAAUAUUGUCUAAAUGGUGGAGUGUGCAUUAUGACAAAAGGGAAAGCAAGUUGCAGGUGUGACUCGACUCAAACACGCUUGUAUUUUGGUGAGCGCUGUGAAAAAACGCAAAUUCAUGGUUCCCUCUUUGGGAUAAUGAUUGGAGCCACUGCUGGUGUGAUAGCUCUGGCCGUUGCUGUAAUUAGCAUGAUUGCAAAAACACGCAUUAAUGGGAAACAUCCGAUCGGAAGUCUUUGA